AUGGAUCAGUCGACAACCCCGACGCAGCCGUCAAGUACGCGGCCUUCGGGUCAUCGCGACAUGAUGUUCUGCCAUGAGUGCCACGACGAGUGGUAUCGCGACGAGCACGGCAUCUUCUGCCCAGAGUGCCACUCCGAGUUCACAGAAAUCAUAGAAGAGGGGAAUGACCCGCGAGACAAUGCCAUGUUGGACCAUGAUCACGACGACGACGACGACGACGACGAUACCGACUCCAUGCCCUCGCUCGAGGAGGCGCCAUCCAACCGUCAUCCUCUCCACGACCUACACGACCACAACCCGUGGCGAAAUAGCGACGAUCCGGAGGAGGCAGAUAUAAGCACAAUGCGAUUUCAGCCUCUAGGCCCAGGCCGGUUCCAAGUCUCCGCCACGAUACAUCGAACAGUCUCCCCGGCCGCUUUGGGUAACAAUAAUGGAAAUGGUCCGAAUACCGUAGGCGGUUUUGCGUCAUUCCUCGGUAAUCUUCUGGGCGGUGGUCUAGGCGGUGGUCGGCCUCCUGGUCAGCCUCCAGGUCAGCAAUCGAGCCCGGGCACUCAAGCUGGGGGCGGUCAAGGCAACCCGGAGACGAGGUCACGGGCAGCAAGCCCGCCUGGUGUACAUCGAUUUACAUACACUGCGGGCGCGCGACUGUACCCCCGCGAUGCGAAUCACCCAGAGCCGCAUCUGGAGCCUGUGGACGAUCUCAACAAUGUCCUUGCCGGCAUAAUGGCAGCGUUUGGCGAGCCGCCUGGCGGCCAGCACGGCGGUCAUCCGCACAUCCACACUUUUGGAGGCGAGAUGCCGCUCAACCCCAUCCUCGCUCUAUUCGGGGCCAUGUCCGGUGGCCAACAUGGCGACUUCGUCUACUCGCAGGAAGCCCUGGACCGUAUCAUCUCGCAGCUCAUGGAACAGACCGCCACAAGCAACGCCCCCGGGCCCGCCUCCCAGGAAGACAUCAACGCCCUUCCCCGCAAACCCGUUACAGAAGAUAUGCUUGGUGCUGAAGGCCGUGCAGAGUGUAGUAUAUGCAUGGAUGAGGUGCACGUCACAGAAGAGGUUACGGAGCUGCCGUGCAAGCAUUGGUUCCACCACCAGUGCGUUGCAGCGUGGUUGAGUGAGCACGAUACAUGCCCACACUGUCGAAAAGGUAUCACUAAACCCAGUGCGAACGCUGGAAACAACUCGUCGAGCGGAAAUGCGACGUCAUCUGGAGUCGAGCCAACCUCUUCGAUGCCCGGUGCUUUUGGCGUAACUGGAGAAGGCACACCCGAGAAUCCCUUCAUCGUUCCAGGCCCUAUCCCGCCGUCCACAAAUCCCAAUCAGAACCCCGAUGCCAACGCCACUCAAGGAGGUGCUACAGAGGGCUCAGGUUCUGGUAGCUCAGGCAGUAUCAGCGAUCGGUUACGCAGGGGUUUGUUUGGUCCUCACAGCUGA